CGGAUCCCGAAGGAGGCGGGGAGGGAGGCGGGGAGCGGCGGGCGCUUCCCCCGAUGGCAGCGGCUGCCCGGAGCCGGGGGGAUGGCGCGGAGCCGGCCGGUUUACGAAUACACGGAGGCGGAGGACAAAAGCAUGCGGCUGGGUUUCCUCCUCAUCGCCGCCGGGUUGCUUUCCCUCUUGGGUUUGGGUUGCUGCUGGCUGCGCCCGGCGCUGCAGGAGCGGGGAGGCGGCGGCUCCGCCAAUUGCACGGUGCUGGCGGUGCGGCAGCUCGGGGAGCGCUUCGCCUGCACCUUCUCCUGCGGGGCUGCCUGCCGCGGGACAGCCCGCUACCCCUGCCUCCAGGUGCUGGUGCGCACCUCCCGCUCCUCCGUCCCAGCUCUGCUCCACGAGGACGAGCGGCAGCUCCGCACCAACCCCAAGAGUGGCGGGGGUGUGGGUCCCCUGUGUGUCCCACCAGCAGCCUCGGGACAUGAGUGGGAAGCCAGGGAGAAACUCCUGAUGCCGGCAAGGAAGUGUUCAUACAUCCCUCCCUGUGCAAGAGAUGAUCAAGAAAACUCUGAGAAUGUCACGUACAAGCAGAAAUACUGGAAAGAGAAAGUGGGUUCGCAACCAUUUACAUGCUAUUUUAAUCAGCACUUGAGGCCAGAUGAUGUGAUGCUGAGGCGCACCCAUGAUGAGACUGUUCUCUUGCACUGCUUCCUCUGGCCUUUGGUUACGUUCCUGGUCGGAGUUCUCAUCGUGGUCCUGACCAUCUGUGCCAAGAGCUUGGCUGUCAGAGCAGAGGCAAUAAAAAAGAAGAAGCAUUUAUAAAUGGCAAGGCUGCUGAUGGAAGAGAAAAACCUACAAGAAGGUCUCAAGUAGGGCAACUCGACACACCUGCAGGUCUGUGGGGUGCUCAGCUGCACCUCCUUCCACUGUCCUAUCUGAUGGUGGAGUCACUCUUUCCUCAGGAUUAUUCUUGGGAAACUGCUCAAUGAAAUGCCAGCUAAUUGCUUCUUCUGCUAUGACAGUAAAUAAUUAUAUUCUACCAAAAAAAAUCUACACUGCACCAAAUAUGCUGUGUGCUGUUAGUCCCAGACAGCAGCUACCCAGUUCCUAGUGGUACUAAGAGACAGUUCAUAACCCACCCUGACGUUGCUGAUUUCAUCUCCACAAGGGAUCUUUACUGUUGCUUAGUAUUAAAUAUUUAAAAUAUUUACUUUAUGAUAGAUUGUACUUCCAAAAUAAUAAAGUUUGGUUGGUUUGGGUUUUUUUUAACCA